UGAUGAUGGUGAUAAUUGAUGCAGCUCCAACUGAAAAUCAAACGAAAUUAUCGAUAAAAUUGGAUGAUCAUCUGCAAAUGAUGAUUGAAAAUAACAUUGAUGAUCAUCAUCACCAUCAUCGUCGUCGAAAACGUUUCAUAUCAUCCGAUGUUGGUGCAAUGAGCUACUUACAACGAUUUGGCUAUAUGAAUGAAAGUGAAGAUUCAGCAUCAUCACAUUUAAUAUCGGAAAAUAUUUAUUCACAAGCAAUUAUGGAAUUUCAACGUUUUGCCGGUCUAAAUGAAACAGGCAUCCUUGAUGAAGAAACAAUUCAAAUGAUGAAUGCACCAAGAUGCGGCAAUCAAGAUCUUAAUGGCCAUGGUGAAGAAGCACGUAGACGACGACGUAAACGUUAUGCAUUACAAGGAUCAAAAUGGCGACGAACCGAUCUAACAUAUCGUAUAUCACAAUAUCCAUCCAAAUUAAAUUUGAAAAAAAUUGAUAUUGAUCGUGAAAUAGCACGAGCAUUUCAAGUUUGGGCCGAUGUUACACCGUUGAAUUUCAAAGUAAAACAAGAUGGUCGUGUACAUAUUGAUAUUCGAUUUGUUUCGGGUGAACAUGGUGAUGGUGAUCCAUUCGAUGGGCCCGGUAAUACAUUAGCACAUGCAUAUUUUCCACAAUAUGGUGGUGAUGCACAUUUUGAUAAUGCCGAACAUUGGACAGUUGAAUCAUAUUCUGGUACAAAUAUAUUUCAAGUUGCCGCACAUGAAUUAGGACAUUCAUUAGGUCUUGGUCAUAGUAGUUCAAGAGAUUCAUUAAUGGCACCAUUUUAUCAAAAAUAUAAACCAAAAUUUAAAUUACAUCAAGAUGAUGUAUUAGCUAUACAAGCAUUAUAUGGUUAUAAUGAUGAUGAUAAUAAUAAUGAAUCAUCAACAGAAUCAUCAUCAUCAUCAUCAUCAACAUCUGAACGACCAAUUGAACCUGAUCCAUCAGGUGAUGGACCAGAUUUAUGUCAAGAUAGUAGUAUUGAUGCUGUAACACGUAUUGCUGAUGGUUCAACAUAUGUUUUUAAAGGUGAUUAUUAUUGGCGUAUUGAAACAAAUGGUAUUGCUGAUGGUUUUCCACGACGUAUAUCGACCGAUUGGGAUGGUUUACCCGGUAAUUUAAAUGCAGCAUUAACAUGGGCCGAUGGAAAGACAUUCUUUUUCAAGGGAAAUAAAUAUUGGCGAUUUAAAAAUAUGCGUAUGGAUAAAGGAUAUCCAAAAUUGAUUAAUACUGGUUUUGCCGGUAUACCGGAUAAUGUUGAUGCUGCAUUUGUUUGGGGUGGAAAUGGAAAAACAUAUUUUUUCAAAGGAAAUGAAUAUUGGCGUUUUGAUUCAAAAACCGAACCACCUGUUUCGAAACUAUAUCCAAAAUCGAUAAAAAAUUGGAAUGGUAUACCAACACGUUUGGAUGCUGCAUUCCGUUGGGAAAAUGGUAUGACCUAUUUUUUCAAAGGACCAUUAUAUUAUCGUUUUAAUGAUAUUGAUUUUGAGAUUGAUACACGUGCAAAACCACCGUUUCCACGUCAAACAUCACAAUGGUGGUUUGAUUGUCAAUCAUUAAGUAGAAAAUUAAAACGUCGUCCAACAACAAAAAAACGUAGUAGUAGUAGCAGCAGCAGCAAUAGUAAUAAUCGUCGUAAUUCAUUUACGGAUAAUAUUCGAUCAUUUUUCGGUAUUAGUCAAACAAAACCGAUUGCAAGUGCAUUAAUGGAUUCACAAUUAUCGACAAAUGUUAGUGAAUGGCGUUUACAUGGUUCAGCCGGAAUAGAUGAUGAUGAUUCGGAUUUGUCAAUCAAAUCAGAAUCAUCAUCAAAUUCAAAUGAUGAUACAAUGCAAGAUUAUAUUCAUCCAUGAUAAAAAACAAACAAUUAACCCAAAGUGUGGAUUAUUGGCGAUUUUAUGGUUUAGCUGGCUGGCUGGCUGAUGACAUUUUACCUGUAAAUAUAAAAUUUUCUUCA